GAAAUAGUGUAAUUGACCACGCCGAGUGGAACCGACCUGAAAACAUGACAGAGGAGCGACCUUCUUACAAGAUUGAUGAAGAACACCCUGGUACGGAAUUGGCUGCUGAGACAGCUGCCGCUCUUGCUGCUUCCUACUUGGUGUUCAAGGAUACGGACGCUGACUACGCCGAGGAGUUACUAGCCCUGGCCAAGGAACUCUACGAGUUCGGUGACAACUUCCGUGGAAACUAUGACGUUGCGAUCCCCGAUGCGUACAAAUCAUAUAGCGGGUAUGGUGACGAGCUGGUCUGGUCUAGUCUGUGGAUGUACAGAGCGACGGAGGACGAGAGUUACCUCACCCGCGCCAGGGGUCACUGGGACGAGUUCGACUUUGAAACUACACCGCCUAAUCAGUUCUACUGGGAUGACAAGACCCCCGGAGUCUAUGCGCUCUUCUGGCUGCUGGAUGGUUCCCAGACCUACUUGGACCACCUCACGGACUACCUAGAUUACCUGCAGAACAGCGCCCCUUACACCCCAGAGGGAAUGGUUUACCUAGACCCGUGGGGAUCAAACAGGCAUACCGCUAAUGUUGCCUUCCUCGCUCUCUGGGCUGCCAAACAUGGUGUGGACACGUCAGUGAACAGCGAGUGGGGUCAGGAUCAGAUGGACCAGUUGCUGGGUGCCAACUCUCGCUACAACAUGACCUUCGUUGUGGGCUUCGGUGAAAAGUAUCCUGUGAGACCUCACCACCGUCCCAGCUCGUGUCCCGACCCCCCUGAGGUUUGUGACUAUGACUGGGCUUUCACCCAGCCUGGACCCAACCCACACGUCCUAUAUGGUGCCUUGGUCGGUGGACCAGACGAGAACGGCGACUACGAAGACGACCGCUCUAACUACGUGCAGAAUGAGGUCGCCUGUGACUACAACGCUGCCUACACUGGUGCUCUAGCUGCUGUCAUAGAGCUUAUUUAAGAGCUUCUCUCGUAGAGCUUAUCUUACAGAGCUCAGAAGAUUUUUCGCCUCGCGUUACUAACUGCUGUGUCCAUAACUGACUGUUAAGUC